AUGAUCCCGGUUUAUCGAGUGGAAUUCGAGCAUGGUACAACUACAGGAAAACGAAUCAUCCGUAUCGAUGGAAAGGAAAUUCUCCGACGCGAUUGGAUGUUCAAAUUGGUGGGCAAAGAAUCAUUUCAACUCGGAACAAUGAAAUGUAUAAUUACUGUGGAAGCCUUGGGCACAUUUGCUUACGAGUAUUCCCUAGAGGUGAACGGAAAGAAUUAUGAAAAAUUCCGAGAGGAACAAAGUAAGAAGCUACUGUGUUGGGAAACUCACAUAGGUGGCGAAGAGACGAGAAUAGUGCUAGGUUAG